AAAAAAAAGACAGCUGGGCUCGUAGCUAGCUGCGGUAACUGCUUCCCUACCAAGCCUAAUCCCUGAUCACCAAAACCUCUCACCCUCAAUUCUGGUCAGCAUUUCCAUUUCAGCAACAAGCUCAAGCAACAAAAGAACCCACAUUGCCUUAGCAGCCUCCAAAUUAAGAAUCACCAUGAACUUGAACAAAUCCAAGCUUCAGGAGAUGUGCCAAGCCAGAGGUUGGACCUUCCCCAAGUACAGCAGCAACCAGCAAGGCCCACCUCACCGACCUCGCUUCUCAGCCUCUGUGCUCGUCCAUGGCUUCACCUUCAACACUAAAACUAUGCUGACCUCUAAGAAAGAAGCCGAGUGCUGUGCUGCUGGGUUGGCCUUGGAUUACUUCGAUGAAAACCCACAACCACCCCAGCCCAAACGCCCCAAGUGUUUCUCUUUCCUGGCUCAGCCUUCUCAUAUACCUUCACUUCCUCCACCUUCAUCACCAGGUUUGCCGUAUCUCACAUACAAGGAGAAAGAGAUAUGGAAUGAGACAACUAGUACAGAGGGAAAGAAGGACACUUACGAACUGGAGCUAAUGUUGGCAGAAGAGAGAAAGCUAUGGCAGAGAGAAAAGCAUCAGCUUCAACUAAAGAACUUUGAAUUGGAGAAUCAGAUUGAUAUGAAGAAGAAUGAGCUGGAGCACUGCCGCAAGAAGCUGCAGCAUUUGAAUGAGAGAGCAGAAUCAGAGCAGAAGAAAGCAGAAAAUCUGAUAGCGCUGGCAGAAAAGAGAAAGAGAGAAAAUGAGAAGCUUCACUCAGAAAUAAUUCAAUUGAAAGACCAGUUCCAAGCCAAACAGGCAGUGAAUGAGGAUUUUGAGGCCCAGAAGAAUAUUAAAGCACUUGAACAAAUGUUAAAGGAGAAGGAGCAGGAGCUUACUGAUCUGUCAGAAUUUUACAAUGCACUGAUUUUCAAGGAGAGGAGCAAUAAUGAUGAGCUGCAGGGGGCCCGUAAAGAGUUAAUUGAGGGACUGAAAAAUCAUUCAAAAAUAUAUAUUGGCGUGAAGACAUUGGGUGAUCUUGACUUGAAGGCAUUUCAAGUUGCAGCCAAGAGAAGAUAUACUGCAUUAGAAGAAGCAAAUGAGAGGGCAGUGGAGUUGUGCUCUAUGUGGGAGGAUUAUGUUGGGGAUUCUAAUUGGAACCCAUACAAGGUUAUUAUGGAUGAGACAGGAAAAAGAAUGGAAAUUAUUGAUGAAGAAGAUAAAAAGUUGAAAAAUUUGAAGACUGAGCUGGGGGAUGAAGUAUACAAGGUGGUGACAACUUCGUUAAUGGAAUUGAAUGAACAUAAUUCCAGUGGGAGGUAUAAGAUACAAGAGCUUUGGAAUUUUAAAGCAGGGAGGAAGGCAACACUUAAAGAGGGAGUUGCUUACAUUCUGAAGCAAUGGAACGCCCUUAAGAACACGAAGCGGCGAAGAAACUAGAAGUUAAAGGGCUUUCAUCUGAAGAGUUUGCUGCUCGUAAUGAGUUGGUUGAAGGCUUGUUUACAAAAAAGGACAAAACUGGAAGUAACCACUGUUUUGCUGGGAAAAAAAAAAUGCCUAUGUAGAAUUGAAUUGAUUGACAACAAGGUCAAUCAGUUUCCCCUCUUGCAUAUGUUUUUACAUUCAGUACUAAAAAUGAUGCCUCUUGGAAACGAUCUUGUAAAUUGAAAUGUAAAGGCCUUCCUCUAUGAAUUUUUGUGUCAUUCUUUACUUCCCAUUCAGUUUUGAGCAUUUCUAUGUGCUGAGAUUAAGGUUGA